AUGUCGAAACAUACCAAAGAAGACUCUCCCGAGGAGGUGGAGGUUGUGAAGAAGUCUGAGCGCAAGGAAAAGAAGGAGAAGAAAGACAAAGAGCGGUCGAAAUCUAAAAAGUCCAAAUCCGAAGUCACUGAACCCGCCGCUGCCGACGAUGCGACAGCGACAGACACACCCGCGAAGAAGCGCAAGCGCGAGAUACUGCCUGACGAGAUCGAGAUUGAUGUGAGCGCACCGGAGCCCGCGUCGAAAAAGGAGGCCCGUAGAUUGAAGAAGGCCAAAUUGAACCCUCCCACAACCAGCGGCGCCGAAGGAACCACAGAUGGGAAGGCGGUUGCCGAUACCGAAGACAAGAGCAAGUCAGACAAGCGAUCAGACUUCGGAGUCUGGAUAGGCAAUCUGCCAUGGUCGGCGACGAAGGAGUCGCUCAGGAAUUUCCUGAUGGAGAACACGGAGAUGACUGCAGAGCAAAUCACGCGAGUACACAUGCCGCCGCCCACGAAACCAGUGAACCCCAACUGGAGCACAAAGCCUCUCAACAAGGGCUUCGCAUACGUCGACUUCUCCACCGAACUCGCCAUGUACUCCGCAAUCGCCUUGACAGAGACAAAGAUGGACGGCCGCGCAUUGCUCAUCAAGAACGCAAAGAGCUUCGAAGGACGCCCAGACAAGCCCAAGGAAGAGCAGGAGCAAGACACCGGCCGCGGCGCCAAAGGUGCCGUCAAAUCCGCGCACCCACCCAACAAGCGCGUCUUCGUUGGCAACCUCUCCUUCGACGUAACCAAGGAAGAACUCCAAGUCCACUACAGCCAAUGCGGCCCGAUCGAAAACCUACACAUGGCGACAUUCGAAGACUCAGGAAAGUGCAAGGGCUACGCAUGGGUUACGUUUGGCGACGUCGAGGCCGCAACGUCUGCCGUGAAAGGCUUCAUCUUCAAGACCGAGGCCGAAAUCAAGCGCGAGAAGAAAGGUCCAGCGGCCAAAGACGAUAAUUCUGAGUCUGAAUCCGAUCUCCCCAAGGCCAACAAGAAGCGAAAAUGGCUCCUCAACCGCCUCAACGGGCGCGAAAUGCGCUGCGAAUUCGCCGAGGAUGCGACGACGAGGUAUAACAAGAGGUACGGCAAGGAGAAGGAGGCAGACCCAGUUGAUGGCGUAAAUCCCGCGCGGUGGAAGAACUUCGGGGGUGGAGAUAGAGGUGGAGGUGGAGGCCGUGGCGGAGGAUUUGCCGGCAAGAGGGAGUGGAAGCCGAGGGAGAAGGUUGAUGCGAGGACGAUUCCGAGUGGAAAAGCGCAUUCGAGUGCGCAGAGGGCGAGUCAGGCUAUUGUGGAGUCGCAGGGCAAGAAGACGACGUUUGAGUAG